AUAAACAGAUUCGAAUAGAUUGUUUUGCAACAAUGGAUAGUUGUCGCUUGUGCAUGAAACUUAGGGGGGUUAAACCCAUGAAUGUGACUAUAGUGCGCAAAAUUGAGGUUUGUUUUGGAAUACAUAUCAAUCUCGAAGAUAGCACCUUGCCAAGAAACAUAUGCCGACGAUGUACAAAAAGAGUAAACAUGUUCAAAGAAUAUCGGGACUUCUAUUUAGCAGUGCAAGCUAAACUGUUCAUCAGCCGUUCAAGCCGCUUUCUUCGUGUAGACAUGCAACCGUUGGUACAAGUUAUUCUAUCCCGAAAUGAAACGCCACGAUACAUUCAUCCACGUACCCAGCCUGGGCGUGAUAUUGGAAGACGACGUGGAAGUAACACUGAUACAUCGAGUUCCGAUAGUGAAUACGUCGGGUUAGGUCGCCCAGCUCAGCCAACUGGUCCCCAAUUAUUUACUAUACGUCGUGUAACGCAUUCUCCUAACCAUCGUGCACCUCCUGUGCACAAUCGAUCAUCUGCGGAACCAACUGUUUCCCGCCAACCUGCAUCGUCUGCUUCAGUAGCAGCUUCCCAUAUUAUUACUGCUCGGCGUGUAAUGCAUUCUCCCCAUGCACCUCCUAACAAUCGACCAUCUGAGGAACCAACUGUUCCCCGCAAACGCGCAUCGUCUUCUUCAGUAGCAGCUCCCCAUAUUAUUACUUCGCGACGUGCAACACAUUCUCCCCGUGCUCCUCCUAACAAUCGACCAUCUGCGGAACCAACUUUUCCCCGUCAAUGUGCAUCGUCUUCUACAGCAGUAGCUUCCCAUAUUAUUACUGCUCGGCGUGUAAUGCAUUCUCCCCGUCCACCUCCUAACAAUCGACCAUCUGAGGAACCAACUGUUCCCCGUCAACGAACAUCACCUUCUCCAGUAGCAGAUCGUCGUCCAUCUUUGGAAGUUGCUGAUCCAUCAACUUUAUGGCAUACCGGUACAUCUGCGGACGUUAAAAGUGAGCUGUCAAAUGAACCCACAGGUAUGGAAGGACUUGAAACGGUGGAACAAGUGGAGGUGUCGUUGUCAGAAGAUAAAGGUACUACGUAUGCCGCUAUUGAAAACAUGGAAAUGGAAGUACUUGAAACCGACGUACAAUCACAAGGAGAAGCGGAAAGCUUGGAAGAUUUAACGAAUAUGCAAGAACAACAGAAUGCCGAUGCACAGCAAGCUUAUGAUUUGAUACCUGACGACGAUUCGCAUCAAAGCGAGUACGAAGAUGAAGAUAUUUUGGAUUCGGUUGAUAAGGAUGUCAAUUAUCAGGCACUUGCUACGAACAACAUAGCAAACGUCGAAACGACAGAGAGCUUGGAAGCCGUUGACAACGUUGUUGAUCAAAAUACUACACGACCUGCUCAGGAAACACGACGAAGACGACGGAAUAAAAUCUCUGGCAGAGAGCUCUACAAAUCGCUCCUGACCGAGUGCUACAUCUGUGGCAAGAAGGUCGAACGCAACCGCUUGGAGGGACAUAUUAAUCGUCACUCGGGACGCCGCCCGUACAGUUGUCCGAUUGAAGGAUGUUCCUCGCGAUUUCACUGCAAACAUGCAUGCCGCUUACACGUUCGCUGUCGUCAUGGAUCGGAAACGUUCACUUGUGGUACAUGUGGCAAAGAAUACAAGGCACGUCGCGACCUUUUGGGACACAUAAGAGAAACCCACGUAGAGCCGAGAUUUAAUUGUGACAUUUGCGGAAAAUUGUUCACCACAAGGUCUCGGCUGAAGCAGCAUCGCUUCUAUCACACAGGGGAGCGAAACUACCCAUGCCAUGUGUGCGAAAUGCGUUUUUACAGCAACUUUCAGCUGAAGGUUCACAUGAGAACGCACACAAAAUCCUUCCCGUUCGUGUGUUCUGUUUGCAAUAAGAGUUUCCGCUACCGUCAUAUGGCAAAGGAACAUGUAGUCAAGGACCAUGGUAUCGAUAAUACGCUGCAAAAAGAGUGGGUGAUACAGUAUCCGGAACCGGACCCGGAGGAAGUGGAGGUGGUGAACACCGAGCGGAACAUCGUGCGCUAUAACAUCCAGCGUCUGGAGGAAUCAGAAGAAAAAGAAGAAUUGGAUGAAGGCGGAGAAGGUGUGACAAUAGCUUAUCAAUCAAAACAAUUGGAGCUUCUCAAGACGCAAUAGAUUUUUGUCUUCGUUAAAACUGCAAGGUCGUAUCGAUCCGCAUUAACCACGUAGUGGGAUAGUCAGUCCUAGCCAGAGGAGUACACCAUCGGACCGCGCCAACGAAUAGAUUAUAGCAAAAAUCAAUGCUAUCUGGCUACGUGGAAAAACCAGUCGAUACGGCCUCUUGUUAGAAGUUAGAAUAAACGAGUAAAAGUAAACUUAUGAAAAAACGGCCGUUAUUUAUUUGCGCACCUAAUGUUAUUCGGUUUAAGGAUUAACUACGUAUUUCCAUUGCAUCAAUAUAUCGUAAGAGCAAGGCCAAGCCACCAAUAACUAUUAAAAACUUUUUUUUGGUUUGUAUUAAAGUUUUCAUUAUUAUCCAAGAUUUUAUCUGCGCACGAAUUAAUUUGCAUGCAAAAAUUGAUAACA